AUGCCACUCUUUUCCAAUGUGCCAGCUCUCCGCCUAACACUAGCCUACGCCCUGAAUGAGCCGUCGUGCCUUCUCCCGCACAGAACCAUUCCAACUCUUCUCCCACUCCCGCUACCAAUUGGCCCUUGGCUUCCUUCCCUCAAUGCGGCCGGCAAGAGACCGACCAUUCGUGCCCUUGUCAUAGACAAAGACAACACACUGUGUCCACCAGACACUGUUAAAUUACACCAUGCAUAUCUAAACAAGAUCGAAAAGAUCAGGGAGAGCGAGGAGUUCAGCCACAGUCCGCACAGCGUCCUCAUUGUCUCCAAUACCGCAGGCAGCUCUUCUGCUCCAGAACAUGAAACUGAGGCCAAGCAGCUGGAGAAGGAACUUGGCCUCCCCGUCUUGAGACAGCAUCCUGAUCGCAAAAAACCAUUCUGUGGACCCGAUAUUCUACAAUAUUUUAGAGACCAUGGCGUUACAGAUGACCCCAAGGAAAUCGUGAUUGUGGGGGACAGAUUGGCCACUGAUGUUCUCCUCGCUCGCGAGAUGGGUAGCUGGAGCAUCUGGACCCGAGACGGUUGGCGCAAUCCAGAAAUGCCUGGGCGGGACUACAGAGGGUUCUUUGGUAGGAUAGAGAGCCGCUUCGAACGAUUUAUGCGAGGUGGGCUAGGAUGUGUAGCCCCUCUACCAAAGACUGUAUCAUCACCAUGA